AUGACGGACCGAACGUUAAAAGAGCAGGAACAAACUGCGCAUUCUUUGCGCAACUUUGUAUUCUUCUCUGUAGCCUUAACAACAAUGGCUACCAUCUGCAGUGCAUUCGCCGUACCCAUGGCUUACACAUACAUGCAGCAUUGGCAAUCGGCAAUGCAAAGCGAAGUUGAGUUUUGCCGCGCUCGAGGCAACAAUAUAUUCCGCGAAGUUGUCCGUACUCAAAUCUUGGCCAAAGUAAUGCCAAAACGCCGUCAACGUCGUGACAUUGGAAUCUCAUCAUUGAACUAUGAUGGUCAAGGUGGCCCAAGCAACUAUCCACCAGCGUUGGAGCCAAUUCACGGUAAUCCUGACAACAGUUACGACAGCCACGAAGAUCAUCCGGAUGCUCACCACGACUCCCCUGCUCCCGCACAAUGUUGUGGAUGCGGAGUUAGUGCACGUGGUCCACCCGGCCCACCAGGACCAGAAGGACCACCAGGAAAAGACGGACGACAAGGAAAAACCGGAAACCCUGGACCAGAAGGGCCACCACCACAACCUGCACCAAAACCACAAUGGUGCUUCGAUUGUCCACAAGCUCAUCCAGGACCUCAAGGAUCACCAGGUCCAGUCGGAGCUCAAGGAAACAAAGGACGGCCAGGACAAGUUGGACCAAAACCAUUGGCUGGGCCACCUGGACCAAUUGGAGAAGCUGGACCAGAAGGACCACCUGGUCCUCCCGGUCAAGAAGGACAUUACGGGCAUCCAGGACGUGUUAUUGAAGGACCAGUUAAAGUGGGACCACCAGGCCCUGCGGGACCACCUGGCCCACAAGGACCACAAGGUCCAGAAGGUGAAGAUGGAGCACCAGGCAAAGAAGGAGAAACUGGUAAGUUUAUUUUGUAUCUGGGGUGGAUAAUAAUUGUUUUUGAAAAGUAUUUGAAGAAAUUUUUGAAGUUAAAAAAAUAGUUUUUUGAAAAUUUAAAAAUUUUAAUUUUGUAUUUGUCUUAGGAGAGAAAGGAGACCAAGGCCCAACUGGAGAACAAGGAAAGAACGGUCCAGAAGGUGAAGAAGGCAUGCCUGGCCUUAAGGGUAUCGAAGGAAGUUGCGACCAUUGCCCUCAACCUCGUACUGGUCCAGGCUACUAA